CGUGACUGAACCCACAUUACAUAUUUCCUCACCAGGCAAAUCAGAUAAUAAAAAGCGAGCGUUAACAGAGAUGUAAAACAGAUGUAGGAGACAUGGUUUUGACAGCAUGCCUUCAAAAAAAAUGUUUUUCUUGUAGGAUCUGACUGGACUCUUCAGGGAAGGGCCAGCUGAUGGAGGAAGAGAAGGCGGUUGAUAAAACCCAUGCACAAACCAGUUCUUCUUUACCCGUGGGGCUUCCCAUUAAUUGGGGACUCAUCACUGGCCCCGUACCAGAGCCUGUUUUUCCGCCACCGUAUUUCAGCACUCUUCUUCCUCCUCCUUCUGUUCCCCAGAGUUCAGCUGUGCAUGCACUACAGACCAAGGUGAAGUCACUCACACAGAGAAGGACACGAGGGAGAGAUAGGGAGAAGUUGGACACAGACGCCACAGAAAGCAGUCCGGCCGGGCAGAUUUCAUCUGAAGUCCUUUUAAGACCGAGGCCCAGAGGAAAGGGUCAGGUAUCUCUACCUGCCCUUUCCUUGCGAUCAGUCACUGCAAAGAUCUUGAGCAGCAGUGAUGAAGAGGAGGAGGUGGAGGUGCAAGUCAGGUUGGAGAUCCACAGCCCUCCACCUGACGCAAAAGGAGAGGCUUUGAUCCAUGGGGGACAGGAAACUGAAGAAGAGAGGUCAGAUAGAAAUGAGAGCCAGGUCAGUUUUCAGGCGUAUGGGCUUGGGGAGGGUACCAGUCUGGAAAGUCUUUUGUCUGACAAUUCCAGCAGCAGUAAGGAUGAGCCAUCUCCUCCUCCUCCUCCUGCUCUCCUUCCUCUCUCUGCUCUCUCCUCCCUUCCUGCCACCACCUCUGCUUCCAUAACAUCAUCUACUUCUUCCUCAACUUCAACCAGGCGCUGGGCACCCCCCAAAGGCUUCUGGAGGGUUGCGCGUCCUGAAACGUUGCUUCUUAACGGUGUUGGACCAAACGACAUACCUUCCACUCUACCUCUGAAGGACUACACUAAAACAGAGGCAUGCACAGAGCCUCAGAAAACAUUUGAACCAGAAGAUUCAGUAACCAAAAGUGAUGGAAUUGCAGUAGAUGACUGCAUUGUAUCCACAGAGGUUAAACACUCGGACAGCGUGGAAUGUUUUCUGGACAGGUGUGAGCAGAAGGAGACAGAGGCCUUGGGACUGUGCAGUUCAGACAGCUGGGAGAGCAUGCCGUCACAAGUUAAGGUGCUCUCUGCUGAUGAGAAACUGAAGAUGAGGCAAAGGGCCUAUGAGAGGUUGAGGGAGAGAAAACAAAACUGCAUAGAGGAGAGAACGCAGAGUGAAGGAGAGAGUGCAGGAGAUAAUGAAGACACAAUAUACACAGAUGAUUGUACAGAACCAGAUGCAGGUGCCCAUGGGGGUUCUGACUGCUCCGACUCAGCCAUUCUUGCUCAGGAACUUGAACCCUAUUUGAGGUCACUUCUUUCAAUCAGCGAUGAGCUCCCGCUGAGUCCAAGACAUGAGCAAGCCAAGCGUCUUCUGGAGCGAGCACGGCUAAAGGCUCGCUCCAAUCAUGUUAAAGGCGAUCGUCCUGUCAGACGCUCUCAUUCUGAUCAGAGAUCCACUGUAAAGAAGCAACCAGAUGAAAUUCCGAAUCCAACGGCAGUGCAGGAACUUGUUCAAACCAAAGAAGAUCUCAUACCUCAAACUGCAUCUGUUCCCCUUCUUGUCCCUGACCAAAGAGACCCUCCCCCUGGUGACAACGGUGGUCGAUCUAGGCGGUAUGGUUGUUCACCUACACGGGUACGCUUCGAGGAUGAAUCAGAGAAAGACGCAGAGUCCCGUUACUUGGAUAGAGUGAGACAGCGUGGCAGACCUGGGGCGCCCAAGUCCAAGAGCAAAGAAAGUAAUACCGAUUCAAGCAGUAGUGGUUCAGAGAGGAGCAGAGGCCACAGGAGUGUCUCCAUGCCUCCUGCACAGAAUCUAGAAGAAGUGGGCGUCAAUGCUGAAACUAAAACAAUAAUUAAAGAGAUAAUAGUGCUGGUGAAGAAAUGUGAGCAAUGUGGCUCUAUAGUUAGGGAACCUCAACCAGUCUCAUCACCACCUGAUCCUCAGAAGCCUAAGCUGCAGCUUACAGGCAACCCAGAGGACCCACGGGGAGGAAAAGUUGCUCCUCAAUGGGUGCCUCCAAGCAAGCCAGAGGCAAGUACUCGGCCCAAAGCUCCUUUAACCGUGACUUUUGCUGGAGCUUUUGUGCUGGGUGAAAGUAAAGAGAAUGGCACAGGGUGGAAAUCCUCAGGGUUUGGGAAAUUGAGGAGAAGGAGCAGGAAAGGGGAGAGUCGGAUAGAGUCGGGCAAUGGCCCUUAUGGUCCGUCAUGGGCACAGCGGCGUAACUCAAAUCCCAGGAGCAGGGUCAACUUCGGCAGAGCAGUGUCCUUUGCUCCAGGUAGCCCCAUGGCUCUGGAGCCCCGUUUGCCGGAGGCAUCUGGUGGACUACGAGAACCCCCAGCCCCGUUGCUGCCUAUAAAGUCUGCCCUGAAGUCAAGUUCGAGAAGUCGCUCUGUUGCGGGGCAGUCAACAGUUCAGUUCCAAAUGACCUCAGAUCAGGUAGAAGAGGGAGGGUCCCAGCAUUCAGCCCUCCUGGACUCUCCAGAGGCAAGAAGAGAGUCUCCAGUGUCUUUACCCCAAGGGACCCCCGCAACCAGCAGUCCAGUGCCCUGUAUCAGGCCUUCAACCCUCAGGUACUCACCAGCCCGCAUCACUACUGAUUUGCCAUCUGCUGAACUCUGGGAGGCCACUCCAGAUGGAACAGCAACCCUUGGUGGAGACCCUACUCCUGGCCCAGAGUGUCGUCCUCCUCUACGUGGUCUUGCUCUGGCUCGGGCUGAGGACCUCAGAGCAGAGCUGCUGAGAGCAGAACACCUGAAGGCUGAGGCCAUUUGGGAGGACAACUGUGAAGGGUCCAGAAAGAUGGAUGGGAGGCCAAAGCUCUUCCUGCGUCGCUUCUUUUCCUCCAUUGGUCUGAACAGUGUUGGCAGACUGGUGAAAGGAGGCCGCUCCAGCAGCAUGGAACAGCUCAGUCUACCCGCCGCCCCCCGGGCAAGCUCUGCAUCCCCGAGCCCCACCCGCAGACCACCACCUCCCAGCCGCAUACAGAGGACUCCCUCACUGCAAACCCUGCACCCAGUGCUGCCACUGGCCCAACUGCGAAAAGCCUCAUCAGUGCAGAGUUUGGAAAGAAGAACAGAGCGUUCAACAAUACUGGGAGAAGUGCAGAUACCAUAUGGCCUGGCUCCCAGCCCCGACAGCCCUCAGAUCGAGCUCCACAGGGCCCUGAGUGUUGAAGAUCUUCUAGCCUCCAGAAUAGUGCGUCCAGUGGGCCGGGUCACUCAGGCUUUCCCCGAUGGGACCCUCCUCCUGGAGCUUGUCAGACCCCCUAAUGGCCCCUUUGGUUUUGUCAUCUCAAGAGGCAAAGGUCGACCAGACACAGGUGUGUAUGUAGAGAAAGUGGGUGACGGCAGUGGUGAAGGUCCCUACAUAGGUCUCCUUGGCAUUGGGGAUGAGAUUCUACAGGUGAAUGGUGAGGUGGUGGCCGGCCUCAGUCUGGACCAUGUGACGCGGCUCAUGACCCGCGAAAGCACCGCUUCUCUUCGGAUCAUGCCGGCCAGACGUGUCCAGCGCUGACGUGGCUCAAUGCCACUUUCUCUGUAGCCGUGGAUAAUAAUACAUUUCUGCAAGCACUGCCGAUGGACCAAAACCUGUGUUAGAUGUCCAAUUGUCAGUGUGUAUUUCACUGCUGUUACACAUAUCAAAAAUGCAAACAUAGGAUUUCAGGGUUCAAGGUUUAGUUCCUAUAAGUGCAUAAUGGUCAAUAGUUUGACGCCACAGGGAACUUUCAGUAUGCAAAAACAGAUUAGGUAGUUGGUCGCAUCUGUUAGUUACGAGUUGGAUUUCAGAACAUUUAAUGUGAUUCUUAUACCAGAAGUAGUCAUUCUAAUCCAGCUUGACUUGUUACUAUGCAUACAUUUCCUUUAUGUGGUCACAUUCUGAUGAAUAGCCUAAUUAUAGUUUCAUUAACAAUGCAGCUGUAUUUUAACUUUAUGAAGUCUAUAUACAAACUAUCUUUUUAAAAAGAGAUGCAGCAUUUCUUUUGACUUUAGAAUUUCUGACAAUCAUAUUAUACCUUUUGUAAUGGUAGUUUUUAUUUAUUUAGCUUACUACAGCACAUAGAGUGUAUCACCCUAAAUGCUUGAUGAGUGGAUCUAUAUUAACUCAGAUUAUUUAUGUUGUUUUUAAGAUAUGUCCCCUUAAACAGUUGAUUAUUCCAGAUGAUUGACAUGUGCAAGGAUAUGCUGCAGAUAUCAUUGGCCCAUGGGACCCUCAAUCCAAAGAGAUGGGUACAAGCACAAAGAGCGUUGAUUAAAAAAAUUAUAAAAUAAAAAGGUUCCCUCCACUGGACUGCAUUUGCAUAACAAAUUUUUUAAGAAAAAACAGGGACCACUCUUUUAUCCAAUAAAUGAUAUCAUUUGAUUUUGGGUCUCUUUGAGAUUUCCUGUGUCCCUCAUUUGUCGAUGGAUGUAGGAAAGCCCUUUGAAUGUCCUCAAAAGGUUUGAGGCCCUAUACCUCUGUGUUAAUGGAUGCUUUAUAAGUGAUACCAGUUUGCUCCAAAUUAAUAUUAAUAUAUAUAUUGUCAAACUUUUGUCGUUGAAUGUAACACAUUAUUAAAUUUUCCAUAUUAAUGCCAC